GUCAUUGUUGUACGUUAUCACCGGUUCAUGAUGUUUCUUAUAUAGGAAUAUUGUUUAAAUCUUUGGGAAGCGGAUUUCAAAAUUCAAAAAUAUAUUACGAUUAGGUCUUCUGAGUGCAAGCGCCUCUUUAGAAUGUAGAGUAUAAAAGUUGAAAACCAUUUUUCGUAUUUCUCCCAACAAAAACUCCCCCUUCCUACUUCUCUCUUGUCUGAGCAAUGGCACCACUACGACGGAGCAAAAGGCUGAAGGCGAAGGCGACGUCGACGUCGGAGGUUGAUCGUUUCUACACUCGCGAGAAGAAGCCCCGUGACCGUGAACCCCCCUCACGAUUGCCUUCUGCUGCUGAUAGGGAUUUAGAUUUACAAUUAGUGAUGUCUGGUAUCCUUUCUGAUGAUAGCAAGUUGCAGCUUGAUUCUACUACGCAAUUGCUAAAUUUAGUUUCUGUUGAAGACAACCCUAACCCUAUGAUUGAUCAAGUUGUACAACUAGGAGCUGUUCCUAGAUUUGUUGAAUUCCUCAAGAGGGAUGAUUAUCCACAACUUCAGUUUAAAGCAAUACUCGUUCUAAAGAAUAUUGCUGCUGCCAACACUCAAGUGGUGAUCAACUCUGGGGCGGUCCCUGUUUUUGUGAAACUGCUGGAAUCAUCUUCUCAUGAUCUUCAAACCUGUGAGCAGGUCGCGUGGUCUUUAGGAAAUAUUGCUGGUGAAUCAUUUAGCUGUUGUGAUGUUGUCCUUAAUUGUGGAGCCUUGCGUCCUCUUCUCACUUUGUCUGAAAAGCAUAACAACAGCCUUUCUUUUCUGAGAAUUGCUACCCGGACUCUGACUAAUAUCUUUGAGACUCUCACUAAUAUCUCUGGGGGAGCACCUAAAGUUCCAUUGCAGCAGGUUCUGUUUGCCAUUCGGACUUUUAAGUCUCUCCUUGAUUUAAAAGAUGAGGAGGUCUUGAAAGAAGCUUGUUGGGCAUUGUUUUAUAUAACUCACUAUAAAAAUGGAAUAGAAACAACCAUGUAUAAAGAUGAAGACGUAGCUUUCAAGCUUGCCGAUCUUUUUGACCAUGCACCUCUGAUUGUGCUUUUUCCUGCACUUCGGGCAAUGACAUCAAUUGUUCAUGGAGCUUAUUGGAAUAUGGAUCGGCGGGUUUUGCUUCUUAGAGGACUUUGCAUAGGAGCCAUGAUGAGAAAAGAUAUACACCACUUCUUUAAGAAAGACAAGCGUUGUCAUGAUCAGUUUGAGUUCGAGAUGCAGAUGCUCAUGCCUAGUUUUGAAAAGGCAGUGUAUAUGCCGCAUACUGAGGAAUGAAACUGUGUUUUUUCCCCCUUUGUUAAUAUAGUUAGUUCAUUCGGCUUCUUUUGUUUAAAACAUACAUUUCAGAUGAUGGUUUAGAUCUUCCAUUUGUUUUGGAGUUUCUUUUGUUUAAAACAUACAUUUCUGAUGAUGGUUUAGAUCUUCCAUUUGUUUUGGAGUUGCAGUGUGAAGUUAUUGAUUUCUUGUCA